GUGAUCCCGACUAUAAACAAGCAUGGCCGGUUGGAGUCGGUUGGCACGACGAGGUGCCGUUUUUUUCGGUGGGGUUGCAGUUGCGGUAGGCGUUAUAUAUAACGAGUCACAGAAACGUGCUACCAACGCAUCAUGGACUACAAAUGUUGAACCAAGUGUGAAAUGGGACCACAAUUGGGACAGAUGUGAUCCGGCCAGUUUAGUGAAACCAUCCAAAAACAAGAAUUCAUCUGACGAAAAAGAUGCCAAAGAUGCUGAAAAUGAACUAAAGAAAAAUACCCCAACAGCAACGCGUCAUCUGCUGUUGAUUCGCCAUGGCCAAUAUAACACCGAUGGUGAGGAAGACAACCAGCGAUACCUCACAGAACUAGGGCGAAAGCAAGCGGAAUAUACUGGUCAACGACUCAAAGAUCUUGGUUUGUCCUAUACUGUCCUCCUGUCGUCAACCAUGACUCGUGCAAAGGAAACCGCCGAUAUAAUACAAAAAUUCUUCCCUGAUGUGCCACGUAAAGAGACUGACAUGCUCCGAGAAGGGGCGCCAAUACCCCCAGAGCCACCUAUUGGUCAUUGGCGACCAGAAAAACAGCAGUUUCUCCAAGACGGAGCACGUAUAGAAGCUGCUUACAAAAACGUGUUUCAUCGUGCAGAUCCCUCACAGGAAACCGACAGCCAUGAGAUAGUGGUGUGUCAUGCUAAUGUCAUACGAUACUUUGUGUGCAGGGCUCUACAGUUUCCUCCAGAAGCUUGGCUUCGUAUUAGCUUAAAUCACGCAAGUAUCACAUGGAUAACGAUACGACCCUCCGGUCGAGUGUCCAUCCGCCACCUGGGCGAGUCCGGGUUCAUGCCAGCUGACAAAGUGUCCGUUGUGUGAUAGGAGGACGAUGGUUUUACAUUGUUUGGAAAUAAGUGAGUGUGUACCAGUGGAUGAUAUUAUUGGUGGUGUAAGUUUGAGGAGAGUAACCAUUGAAAAGUUGACUAUCAAUGGUUUAAAUAUUACUUUGUGGAACACGGCGGUACCAACACUGAAGAAAAGGCAGUUUUUAUCAAUUUAUGUUAGAGUGUUGAACAUAGGGAGCAGGAAAUACUGAAGUAAUGGACAUUGGAGUAAAGUUUAUGUUGUAAAGCAGGAAAUUUCUUGUUCCUGUUUAACAUCUAUCCUCGUCACCCUAGAAGAAGGAAACAGAUUCAAAGAAAUGGCAGAUUCAACCUUUGUUAAAAUUGAUAACAAAGGUUAAGUGUUCAUUCAACCCGCGGCGAAUUUGUAUUAAAAUGUCACAGCUAAAAAAUAUUGAAGUCUAUAUACCGUUAUUGUAUUUUCCUAUUUUCAAUGGGGACUCCUUAAUUUUUUCACCUUUAUUUCUGUCUUUAUGAAAUUAGAAAAAAAAACAAAAAAUAUUGCUUGCUUUGGAUCAGAUUUAGUUAAUAUAUUGUAUAAAUCAGCUUAAAUUUAUAGUAUUUUACAAUAAUUGUAUGGGUUAUUGUAUUUAUAAUGUUAAGUCAAGUUUAUAAUUUGUCGCAAAAUUUCUCCACAAGAAACAUUUUGAAAGUUUAGCAAGGAUAAUAUUUUUCAUAUGACUGUUAUCUUGAUAUAUCUGACUCUCGUUGUGCGGAUCAUAUAAUUCUUAUCAAACAUGUAAAAACUGGCGAUAUAUGUAAUCUUUAUACAAGAGGCUAGUCUACUUUAUUAGGGAACCAGGUACAGUAACCGAACUCUAUAUAUAGAUCAUUCCACUAACCUACAGUCUGAAGCUACUGCCUAGCAGAUCAGCCUUAAGGUGUUAAGUGAUUUCAAAUCAAACAGGCUUAUUGUGGCCUUUCAUGGCUGUAUGUCAAUUACUCUAUUUACAUAUUAAGACAAUUUGUGUUGUUCUUUUCCUUUUAUUGUGGAUUCCCAUUAACAUUAUACAAAAUGCAGAAUAUUUUCAUUAUAAUUUUUACAAGAUUUGGCUGUUAGGAGUGGAAACCUACUGAAAAUUUUAUUUCAGGUAAAGAGUACCAUAUUAGUACCAUUGUUUAUAUCGUCAAGUAUUUGUCAAAGUCACCUCCUAAAGAAGUAUUCCAUAAAAAAUCACAUGAUACAAUACAUUUUAUAGAAUUGAAAAGUCAUUUGAAAUUUUGAAUUUUGAAAUAUUAAAAUGGAAACAACAAAAACAAGAAAAAACUACAGUUGUCAACCUCAUUGCCUUUACACUGCUAAUAUCACGCUUAACCAAUGAUGCCAUUCAUGAAUCAUAAAUGCACAGCAUCAAAAUGAAUGUCCACUGUGAAAAAGAAAUGAACAUUGUUUUAGUUGCUCAAUCUUCUUCCUAAAAGGGACACAACUCCAAGUGAAAAAAUCCUCUUAACAAAACUCUUUUUUCACAAAUAUAGCUGAAGCAGUGGUACCCUUUAACUUAAGCAAAAUCAGAAAUUGUAUAAAUGUUGCAUUAACAAUGACUUCCCUAGUUCUUCAUUGCCUGUAUAUGUUAUAGACUAGACUAUUUAUCUACAAAUGAGAUUCACCCUGCGCUUUGACUACAGAUAUAUUGUAUAGAUUAAACUUUUUUCAUCAA